AUGCUACAACCAGAAACAACAGCUUCUUCCGCGGCUCAUGAAAGUCAGGCUAUCAACUGGGCAAGAUUGGAGCACGUCAGAGUAUUAUCUGCCAGUGGCAGCGUAUCUUCUGCUACUCCUGUCGUUCCUGUACUUGCUCCUAGUCCGGCGGUCUCAGCCCUGGAUAGCGAGCAAGGGCAUAACGAAGAUGAUGGCUUGCCUAGCCGUUCUAUCAGCCAGUUAACCAGACCUACGGAUGAGUCACCCGUGGAACGAAGCAAUAGCCGGAGGGAAAUCCCUGCUGCUCAACAUCAGGUCAGUCCUAUUGACUCUCGUGGUUUAUCGCCAAAUACUCUCGCUGCUCCAAAAUCUCUUACGGAGCAUCACGACGGGUCAGCAUCCGAUGCCCACUCCAGCGACCGGAGCCUGCAAGUUCCACAGCACCGACGACGGUCUGUCAUCUCCGACGUAUCCAGUGCAGAUCCCAGUCCUACCAUUAGUGCCGAACGUCAACAUGGCAGAAGGAGCGUGUCUCUAUCACCUGCAGACGACCUACCAGCUCAUCCAAAGCCUGCUGCGCACGAAGAGCGGAUACCCCAGCCUGAACAGCGCGCUCCCACAGCUGUGGCUGUGGCGGCGAACAUUCGACCAUCCUUCGACACCAAGGAAGGCCAAACAGAGCCUCCGAUGGCAACAGGUCUUCCUCCAUCAACACAAGAGCGUUCCGACGUACAGGAUUUGAAGCCAGCUGUUGCGACUAUAGGGCCACACUCUACUGCUGAACCACCGACCCAGAAGUUCGCGUCGCAGCAUGAGCAAGACCGCGAGAACUACCCGCUUGGCCACCAUCGGCCCUUCUCAUUUGCCGGCAUUGAAGGUAUUGGCGCCAUCCAUCAGUCAGAGCAGAUACACGAGCAAGAUCUCAGUAGGGUUCCAUCUCAGCCGAUGAGCCCGAUAAGUCUAGGUCGAAGCAGUGCGGGAGGCUUUAGCAAGGAGAUGUCGCAAGUCAGUGUUGAAGAGCCCUCGGAUCAGGCAAACGACCCAGGGCAAAGACAUUCGCGACCAUAUUCCAGGCCUUUCAUCGCUGAUCCAAAUGUCGGCAGUGACCCAGCAUUACGUGCGAUGGUACCAGGGCAGCCCCAGAUGGAUCGUGCCCAAACGUAUCCUAUUGAGAACCCCUUGCCUAGUGCAAGGCGGCCCCAAGAAGAGCUUGAUCGCUUGCGCCAGCGAAAAGAGCAGCAUCAAAUGGCCGCCAUGCAUCAACACCAGCCGCCCAUGGAAGAACAAUAUCGCAUACCAGGUCCGUACGGGCAAAGAUAUUCAUUAGCUAACCAAGUCUCUACCCCCACAAGCGGCCGGGGCAACACUCAAGUACCCGGUAGCGGACAGCCACCAACCAGUGCGCGCAGAUCUCAGCAAUAUCCUAGCCAGAUUCCACCGCAGCCUCAUCCUGGUACCAGCUCAAACAUGUCAAUGGAAGGCCCGAAUCGCCAGGGAUACCGGGAUGAGUCUUCGAACAAGUCUGGGUCUGUUGCUCAUGUGGAAUAUGAUCUGAAGUCCGGAGAACCUGUGAAUUAUCCCUACGUUCGGUCAGUUCAGCAACAUCGUCAAUCAAUUGGUCCACUACCUACUCCUGCUGCACAAUCGGUGUCUUCACAGCCAGCAUCACAGGGUCCGCAGACAGAGAGAAAGAAGAGUAUGCUUGGGAAGCUCUUCGGCGUUGGCUCCCACUCGCGUUCGAAGCUCCAGAAACAAGGGAGAGUCGGCGCUGCACUUGACAGCGCAGAAAUCGUACAGAAGGAGAAGCGUGGUAGCUUCCUGCACCGUAAUGACAGUAUGUCAUCAGAGAGAAGUGGCAGUUACGGUCGUCAGGACCAGCUUGGACAACUUGGCUCGCCCAGCAUUCAGUCUCACUCUGCAAGACGGCUAUCUAAGGAUGUCUUACGAGCCCCUACCCCAGAGACAAGUGAGAGAGGAACAGAGGGAAAGAAGAAGAGGUUCUCAGGAUUUGGAGGCGGCCUCUUCAAGAGCAGCAGCAACACACGGGCUGCAACAGUACCUACUCCUUCACAGACACAGGGACAGCACGUUCCUACUCAACGUGUUAUAUCACCCGAGCCAUAUUCGGCACAGAACCACCGGGUCACAUCUCCAGAGCCGUAUUCCGCGCACACCCCCUAUGGCCGGUAUCCCAUGGGGCCUGGAGGUUACUUUCCCCAAGACCCUGGGCAUCUACAAUACUCUCAGUCUGCAUAUCCAGCGAGCCAAACGCAGUCCCAACCAUCUCAGUAUCCAAAUGUGACCACUCCGUACCAACACCAUUCAGACCGCAGCAGUUAUCCAUACCCGGGACAACCUCUCCAGUCACUGCCACCAGGUCAACAGCAAGCAGCGGGACCGUAUCCAUCCAACACGUAUCCAUACAUGAACCCGAAUCAAAGUCGACCAUCCGAUCUUCGCAUUGACACAAGUGGCGGCAACCGUAGUCAGUAUUACGCGCCCGCUACUGCCCCGGCACAGGGCUACUCGAGACCGGUGUCCUUCGCGCCGACGCCGCCCCCGAAUACAAACCCAGCCAGUACGAUAACAACCACAGGCGGGCCUACAUCCGCUGGUUUGGGACAGCCUACGCCUUCAAUCCGACAGGACCCUCGUACGCAUGUCAUUGACCUCCACAAACGAUCACGCUCACCACGACUUGGACGCCCCGGCUCUGAUGACCUGGACUCCGGCCAACCACGAGGCACUCCAAAUAUCGGCGUCAACGACAUGUUAGGUACAUUCAGCUCCAAGAAGAUCAGUCCUGUUGGUGGCAUCGCGCGUCCAGACGAUGACCAAGAAAGGCCCUUUGCAAUCACGGUUCCUGGGCUCGACGAUGAUGGAAACGAUCGACGCAAGAAGCAGCUUCUUCGCGAACGGAUCGAAGGUGCAACAACGAGGAGCGACACGCCCGUCAGCGUCGACUCCAGCAGCCACCCUGAGCAGAUCAACACCAACACGAGCCAGGGCCUAGAACGCAACGUGUCAAUUCUGGAGGGAUCCCGAGAUCCAACAUCGCCCCGGGAAGCACGCCGUUCUAGUGCAAGAGACAAGACCACCCCCGGAAUAAUUGCAGAAUUGCCGGGCUCCAAGGCCGAGGGGUAUGAAUCGGAAGAAGAGAUUCCAAUGAGUGCUACAGCGUACCCUGGGCAGGAAUGGAUGCCAGUUUUUGUCAAUGAUGACUGA